CAUGUCGGACGAGGAGCACCACUUCGAGUCGAAGGCCGAUGCCGGUGCGUCGAAGACGUUCCCUCAGCAGGCUGGGACGAUCAGGAAGAACGGGUACAUAGUGAUCAAGGCGAGGCCGUGUAAGGUUGUGGAGGUUUCAACCUCGAAGACUGGGAAGCAUGGUCAUGCGAAAUGCCACUUUGUUGGCAUAGACAUCUUCACUGCAAAAAAGCUUGAGGAUAUUGUGCCCUCGUCUCAUAAUUGUGAUGUUCCCCAUGUCACUCGUACUGACUAUCAGCUGAUUGAUAUAUCCGAAGAUGGUUUUGUGAGUCUUCUGACUGAAAGUGGGAACACCAAAGAUGAUCUUAGACUCCCAACUGAUGAGAAUCUUCUUACUCAGUUAAUACAGGAUUGUGGGUUUGGAAUACAGAAUAUGCGAAUUGGGCCCAAUUUGGAUCUGUUAUACAUGAAGCAUGCUGAGAUCAAAGAUGGGUUUGCAGAAGGAAAAGAUCUGGUCGUGUCUGUGAUGUCUGCCAUGGGUGAGGAACAGAUUUGUGCACUAAAGGAUAUUGGUCCCAAGUAACUUGUCUCUGCAUCUCAGAAUGUUGUUGAUCAAAAGAGCUAUAAUGGAGAUUUCUCAGAUUUGAAGAUAUAUAAGUGGUUACUGUUUCCUUGGCUUAAUCUGGCUCUUGUCGCAUGAACCAUGGGCAAUGAUUGGUGAUCCUUGCACAAUUCAUCUCUAAAACUCCUUCCAUAAGGUCUUAGUGCCCUAAUAUCUGUGUUACUUAUUAUUGUUUUUUUGUGCCACUAUUAGUACAUUGCUGGGAAUGCUUGUAAACACGGAGUUUUUUAAUUAUGAUGAACCUUGGUUUAUAUUUUGCAAGA